CAUCCAUCGUGAACCUACCUUGAGUAUUGUCACUCCGCAAACAGGACCGCGCUUCACCUAUCUUGACGUCUGUCAGCAACGAACGCCUAGGGUGCGGUGAUCCAGAAGAGUUGCGGCCUUGACAACCACAGCGAACAGGCUUUCGACAAGUGGUCAGACAAUGUCAUCCUCUCCGCCGCCAGCUCGACUGCCGUCCAGCUUCAUUGAUGCUCAUUUGUAUCCAUCAGCCAAGAGAGAGACUCGUGCAUCCAGAGGCGCGGUCAAAGAGGAGCUCGAGGUCUGUAUUCAUGCCAGAUACGACAGUCUGAGGAGGUCGACGCGCGCCAAGCAGUCGAGAAUCAGGACCACUCCAGCGAGCGAUGCCAGGUCCAAAUUUGAAAAGGACGAAGCUGCCAAUAAUGUCCCGGAAGCCAACCCUCAAGCAGCAGCUACUAUGCGAGGCCAUAAGCGUAUCAAAUUGGAGCAAGGUGGAGGUGAGAAUGACUCGGGGGACUCCUCUGGCCACGCCCAAGCGGAAGAAAUCUCCAUCCUUCCGGGUCUGCCCGAUCAUUUGGGCAGCCAGCCAGGAGACGUUGACAUCCUCAUGUGCGGCAUCAAUCCUGGUCUGACCUCGAGUCGCGUGGGGCAUCACUUUGCGCACUGCACCAACCACUUCUAUCCAGCACUGUAUCGAUCUGGCCUUACACCAACGCGCGUUUCUCCGCAGGAAGAUGCUUCGCUCCAAUACCAAUCUGCGCCCUAUCCCAAGCUCGGUCUCACAAACCUCUGCGCUCGUCCGACAAGGGACGCCGGCCUACUCAAACCGGCGGACUACGCAGCAGGAGCUCCGAUAUUGGUACAGAAAGUGGCCCAGGUCAGACCUCGAAUCGUCACAUUCGUAGGCAAAGGCAUCGCCGAGACUUUUCAGAAGGGCGUAUUUGGCAGAGUAGCAAAGCAGACUACGAAAGCUCAAUCCGAAGAAACGAAAAAGGCACCAAGCAAGCAGGAGGGCCAAUCGGUGUCGAGCAAAGAAGAGGGACUUGCGACUGCUGAGCGGAUGAGUGUCCGGGUGCCUACUUGCACGCCCCUCGCGAGGGAUCACAAUGGGCUCGGUCUACAGGACUACGUGAUCGUGCCCGAGCUCAAUGCGCACACAGCUCCUAAAUUAGCCACGGCGGAAAAUCCUGUGCUCUUCUGGUGCACACCUUCGACUUCCGGCAGAGUGACGACGCACGACUUAGCCGGGAAGGUGCAUUGGUUCGAAGGGGUUCAGGUGCUAGAUCAGCAACUGAGAGGUUUGGUGAAGGCGAGCGAAUGGAUGGAUGUCGAUGUGCGCGUAGUCAGGCCGCCCACGACGCCCCUCAAAGUCAAGGUCGAGCCGAUCGUGAAGGACGAAGCGGCGCAGCUAGCCUGACGGAAGCAUGCACACCACACUCGACGCCAGUCUAUGGCCCUCUGUUUCUUCGCCUUUGGCUCAUCAAGCCGAGCGCGGAGUAAAUGGUCGGAUCCCUGCUCGAGCGUCAUCCUGCAUCGUUGGCGCUGUCGCUCCGCACACCAUACGAUCGAGGCGAAUGUCGAUGGCGUACCCGAAAUCGAGCACGAGCCUCACCGCCGUGGGCUCCAGCCAACGAAUCCUGAGCUGAGACAUCCAUGAAUCGUCAUUUGGUCAUGAAGCUGUCGUCAAGGACACGGUGAUUCGUACCUCGGCGUGCGACCGUGUACUAAAGCUCCUCUCUUGCCCUCAAGCGGUAGUCCUCUCUUCGAGGGUAGUCCUCAAGAGUAGCCAGCUUCCAGAGGCAACUGGUGCGGCGGGGCCCUCCUGAAAUUGAGACAACCUUCGCACGACGAGCAAUUUGAAUUCAUGGG